UCGGAAUAGAAUCCUGAUGUAUCACGCCUGUUCAUCCGUUAGCGAGAACAGAAUGUAUUUGUCUAUAUAUAGUUUUUAAUUUCAACAAUUGCACGACGGUAUAUGAACAGCUAAAUUCACAGAAGAACCGUUUUACUUUUAAAUUUCUACCUAGACUAUCGAUAUACCUGUUUUCUUAUAAAGAAUUUCUAAAGUAAUUUGAAACAUCAUAUUCAAGGGUAGAAGUUCUAAAAUAGAUAAAAUAGUAACAGCAGCUGUUUUUAGAUUCAUGUUUAUUUAAUAAAAAUUAAAAUUAAAAAUUUUUUUUAAAAAUAAACUUUUUAUAAAAAUAAAGUUGACGUUUCGAAAGUUGUAAUCUUCAUUAUCAAGACAAUAUAGACGCUUAACACGAUAUAAAGUUAAAACAAAUAUGACUGGAUAACUACACAAAGGGAGUAAAAUACAUUUUUUUUGUAGUACGAGAGAGAGAAAGAGAGAUUAUUUUAUUUUUAUAAAAAGGUUUAUUUUUAGACAAUAUUUUUAAUUUUUAUUUUUAUUAAAUAGACAUAAAUCUAAAAACAGCUGCUGUUAAUCUUUCAUCAAUUUCUAAAGUAAUAUUCAACCUCACAGUAUGAGCAAUAAUUCUCUACUCAGGACCAAAAAUACUUUAAGGAACUUCAGGCAUAAUUCUCUUGGUGUGGUCUGUAGCAGAGAGUAUCCUGAGCCAGAUCUCAAGAGCUCGGAUCACCUCCAAUCCCAUUAAAGAGUUGAAGUUUCGACCCAUGCGUUUGCCUUACGUAUAGUUACAACUGUUAUUGUUAGUCCUACUAUCCGUUCCAAAUGGUCAGACCGCUGGUUGCUUUUUGAAUAACUUUUGAUAGCAAUGAGACAGGGACCUGCGAUUUUCGCUGUUCAAUAGCCAAGAGGACCUAACUAUAUGGGAUACUAUAUCGGAUACUGUAAAGUAAUAAGAGUACGAUUCGAUUGAAAAAACACAUUUUGUAACAAUAUCUAUGAGAAAUUUGUAACAGAAUGGAUUGACGCGUAUUCGGUCACUGACAUAUCAUGAUGGAACUAAGGAGGUAACCUCGCUAAGUGUCCGAGCGAUCAUGCAGACAUUAGAUGAAAAAAUGAAAUUGUGCUUUUUAAAGUUUUGAAUGGUGUCAACUAUACUUCGAUUAAUAGCCUAUUUAAUGGCAUAAAAACUAUCAUUUCAGUAUUUAACUAAAAAAAGGCAGUAUGAAAAUUAGGUCGACAAACAUGAAGUGAACUGAAGAAUAACACUUUUUAGGGUAGCACUAUUGCCACCUCCGAAGGUGACAAUGGAAGGAGCCAUUGUCAACUUCCGAAAGUGUAUUACUGACACCUUCGCGAUAAUAGCCGUUACUGAGUCACUAACGGCUAUUACCACCUUCCGAGGUGUCGACAAGGCGCUAUUGCCAUAUUCUAUCGGUGUCAAUUAGAGCUUCAUCUAAAACUAAGUACAUAAUAAAGUGGUGGCAAAAAGUUAUGCAAUGUAUGGCACAUUAUCGUGUCACAAGAAAAAACAGAUCGCAACGAGUAUAUUAAUAUAUAAUGUUGAUUGUAUAUUGAUAAAUAACGCAAGAAAGAGCAGGCGUAUACGACGAUUCUGGACCGCAAUAUAAAGCAAGGAAAAAAAGGAAAAAACUACUGCAUCGCAUCUUACUUGUACUUGUCCGUGCUCUGCCACUCAUGCAUGUUAAAUCUAAGCAACUAGUUUGCCUGUUUUCCUACAUGAUAAGUCAGUGUUAGUUGCAGAACACGCGUGUGCUGUCAAUUACUUUUUACUUUGAUGAAAAACACAGAACUAUCAAUGCGCAAUCAACCGUUAUUUGCCUUGUCAUAGUUACUAAAAAACAUGCAAUAUAGUUGUAUUUUUAAAACAUACACGUUGAAUUAAGUUAAAGUCUGUCGGGACAUUAUGGAUACGAUUAAAGCUAGUGUUGAGAAAAUUAAAGAUAAAAUAACCGAACAUACAGCUGUACGAGAAUAUGAAAAAUCGAUCGAUUUAUUGGGCACAGAUGAAGGUCGUAUGGAACAUGCUGCCAAAUGUCAUCAGAAUGUUAUGAAACUGGAAGAACAUGCAAUCAACGACGCACUCAAACAACAUGAUAGAUAA